AUGAAUAAUAACUUGGAUAAAGCAAUCAAUAAGUCUAAUUAGAAUAAAUUUAAAUGCACCUAUCCAGGUUGUCAGAAAGAAUUUACCAGAAAAAAUAGACUAACUCUUCAUUAUAACUCAGCCCAUUUGGGUGAAAAAAAAUUUUACCAUUGUAAGUACUCCGGAUGCGGCAAAUUCUUUGAAGAAAACGGAAAUCUAAAAGUGCAUGAAAGAAUUCACACUGGAGAAAUAACUAAUAAGUGCCAUAUCUGCUAUAAAACAUUUUCUUCAAUUGGUAACUAUAAAGAUCACGAAAGGCGACAUAACAAUAUUAGGGUGACAGAACUUUGA